UGUUUUCCCAACGUAGGUAUUUUUUCUGUUUAUCACUUUUUAAGCAAUAAAGACCUGAUUAUGAUUUAAAAUUUAAGUUUAAAAUAACACCUUUGCAGUUAUAAAAUUUAUGAUUUAUUUUAAAGCGUAAAUCUUGUGUACAUUUAAGUAAAAAGGAGAAUGCUUCAAUCAUUUUGUGGUUGCUUCAAAUUGAAAGUAGGAUGUAUUUUAUUUUGUUUUGUUUUUAUGGUGUUUCAGCUAAAAGACUUAAACGACUGUUUUCAAGUAUUUAAGUACUUAGGUCCAGAGAAAAAUGAGGACGAAGAAAAUAAAAAACAGAAACUUGACGCUAAAUCACAUUAUACUGUCAAGGCUAUGAUAGCUGGCUUUCUAUCAGCAGCGGGUCUGAUCAACACUGGUUGCCGUCUUCAUGAAACAAACUACAAUAUUGAGGAUUGGCUCUUUAAUUGUGUUCUUCAGUGCCUUUAUACCGUUUCUCCUUAGUUCUUUAAACGACCACCCUUCCGAAGCCUUUUACAUGGAUGUGAUUAACCUAAUUUUGUGCAUUUACGGUUCUUGUUUGUUGUGGAGUUACGCUGUUGAACUCGAAGAGCCAGUAGAACCGGUAGGCGUACCAGUAGUCAGGUAUGCUCCAAGCUACUAUACGCCAACAACAACACCAGAAAUGCUUCCUCAAGUACGUUAUGCAUAUAAUUACAAAUAAAAUGAAUUGAAACUUCA